AUGGCAAGGGAUCAAUUACAAGUGUUGAAUGCACUUGAUGUAGCAAAGACGCAAUGGUACCAUUUCACGGCGAUUGUAAUAGCCGGAAUGGGAUUUUUCACUGAUGCUUACGAUCUCUUUUGCAUCUCUCUCGUCACGAAGCUCCUUGGCCGCAUUUACUACCACGUGCCAGGCUCCCAGAAGCCUGGAACUCUCCCUCCCAAUGUGGCUGCAGCCGUCAACGGUGUUGCCUUCUGUGGCACGCUUGCCGGUCAGCUCUUUUUCGGAUGGCUCGGGGACAAGCUCGGGAGGAAGAAAGUUUACGGUAUGACAUUGAUGGUCAUGGUCCUUUGCUCCAUAGCCUCCGGUCUCUCUUUCGGUCACGAACCCAAAGCCGUGAUGGCCACGCUCUGCUUUUUUAGGUUUUGGCUAGGGUUCGGGAUUGGUGGGGACUAUCCUUUAUCCGCAACGAUCAUGUCCGAAUACGCUAAUAAGAAGACUCGCGGCGCGUUUAUUGCUGCGGUUUUUGCUAUGCAAGGGUUUGGGAUCAUGGCUGGUGGAAUUUUCGCUAUUAUUAUUUCCUCUGCUUUUGAAGCAAAGUUCCCUGCCCCUGCCUAUGCGGAAGAUGCCUUGGGAUCUACGGUUCCUCAAGCGGAUUUGGUGUGGCGGAUAAUCUUGAUGGUCGGUGCUAUCCCUGCGGCAAUGACUUAUUACUCGAGGUCGAAGAUGCCGGAAACCGCAAGAUACACAGCAUUGGUUGCUAAAGACGCAAAGCAGGCGGCUUCGGAUAUGUCUAGGGUUCUUCAAAUGGAGAUAGAACCAGAACAACAAAAAGUGGAAGAGAACUCAAAGGAUAAGUCCAAAGCCUUUGCCUUGUUUUCCAAAGAAUUCAUGAAACGCCAUGGGCUACAUUUGCUCGGCACUACAUCCACCUGGUUCCUUCUCGACAUCGCGUUCUACAGUCAAAACCUUUUCCAGAAAGAUAUUUUCAGCGCGAUCGGAUGGAUUCCUCCAGCACAAACCAUGAACGCAGUUCAAGAAGUUUUCAAGAUUGCACGCGCGCAAACCCUCAUCGCCUUGUGUAGCACGGUACCUGGUUACUGGUUCACAGUUGCGUUCAUCGACGUUAUUGGAAGAUUCGCUAUCCAGUUGAUGGGAUUCUUCUUCAUGACGGUCUUUAUGUUUGCUCUGGCUAUUCCUUACAACCACUGGACUCACAAGGAGAAUAGAAUCGGAUUCGUUAUCAUGUACUCCUUAACAUUCUUCUUCGCAAACUUUGGACCCAAUGCUACAACCUUCGUUGUACCGGCCGAAAUCUUCCCUGCCAGGUUCAGAUCCACCUGCCAUGGUAUUUCUGCAGCAUCAGGCAAGUUAGGAGCAAUGGUUGGUGCGUUCGGGUUCUUGUACUUGGCCCAGAGUCCAGACAAGGCCAAGACUGACGCAGGAUACCCUACAGGGAUUGGGGUCAGGAACUCGCUUAUGGUUUUGGGUGUGGUUAACUUUUUGGGUAUACUUUUCACUUUCUUGGUGCCCGAAUCUAAAGGGAAGUCGCUUGAGGAAAUGUCCGGUGAAAAUGAGGACACUGAGAGCAGCAACAACGAUAGUAGAACGGUCCCAAUUGUUUAA